CACGUGUUUUUUUUUCUAAGGUUUGAGGUUAGAUUUUUCAAUGUGAGAAUUUACGAAUUUUUAAACAAUUAUUGUGUAAUAAUGAAGAAACAAACUGAAAAUAGUGAUAAAAAACAAAAUCGGGGGAAAUCAUCUCGACAGAAGAAAAUUAAUUUAGUAUUUGACGAAGAAAAACGAAGACAGUUCCUUGGUGGUUUCCGCAAAAGAAAAUUACAACGACAAAAAAAGGCACAAGAAGAAUUGCAGCAACAAUUAAAAGAAGAAAAAAAGAGAAUAAAGAAAAAUGCUAAAGAUAGUUAUAAAAAGUGGAUUUCUUAUCGUGCUGUACCAGAAUUAGAGGAACUUUUAGCAAAAAAAGAAUAUGAAGAGGAAGGACAUACAGUCAGCAUUUUAGAAUUAAAUGUCGCAGAUUUAGAACAACAGAGCAGUUUAAUUGGAGAGAAUGUAGUCAAAUAUGAUGAUGACAAUGAUAAUGACAAUGAAGAUAAUGAAGCAAGUGAUGAUAAUUUUAAUAGUAAUGAAGUUCCUGGUAUGGAAAUUAUAAGGAAACCAUUAAAAAAACAAAAAAUAGAAAAAGAAUUGCCAGAGAAAAAACCAUCCGAGUCUGGUAAAAAUAUUAAAAAAGCAAUAAAACGAAUUGCAACGAAGGAAGUACAAAAGAGCCGGGCAUUUCAGCAAAAACAAAAAAUUGAGCAUUUAAAAAAUAAAAAGAAAAUGAGACAAAAAAUCAAGAAUCAGAAGAAAUUAAAAAAGAAGGAUAGCCGAAAUAAACGAAGCGCGUAAUUUUUAUUCUAAUUUAAGAAACUUGAAAAAUAUUUUUAUAAAAUAUUUUGUAAAUAAAUACAAUAUCUAAGAA